UAAACUAGAAUAGCUCACGGAAACAUAAAUACACACCAACACAUGCAUUGAAUGCAUGAACGUUCUCAUUUCGCCUGGAAUUAAACGGAUUACAAAACACGCGAACGAUAGAAGUUUUGGUCAAUAAAUUGUCGAAUAUUAUUAUUUCACGCUGUUAAACAGCAACUAAAUAAUUGUUGUGUGUGCUCAAAAUAAAUAACUAUUAACUGUGCUAGGUAUUUCUUUUCCUACAGUGAAGCAAACGUGACAAAACUUUGACAUUUCAAUAUUGAUAGUGACAUUUCUCUCGAAGAAGAAAAGAAAUAUCAACAUUUAAGGUGUCUGCUACAUUGAAAAAAAAAUCACAAGCAAAAACAAGAAGAUCAAAAUAUUUACGUCAAAUUCAUUUGGAUUCAUGAGUAUCAAAUGAGUUCGGGAUUUGUUACAGAGACCGAGCUCGCAGAAGCUCGCAAAAAACGACAAGAAGAAUGGGAAAAAGUUCGACAACCAGAUGAACCAUUAGAACGCCCUGAAGAGUCUUAUGAUCAUCGCUCACUGUACGAAAGACUCAAGGAGCAAAAGGAUAAGAAAGACUUGGAAUAUGAAGAAACACACAAACUCAAAAAUUUGAUUCGGGGCUUGGAUGACGAUGAAAUCAAUUUUUUGGAUAUAGUUGAUAAAGCGAAGCUAGAAGCUGAGAAACAACAGCAAAUUCAUGAGAAAAACGAACUGUCCGAAUUCCGUCAGCGUGUUGCAUCAUUACAAGACCAAUUCAUCGAGCAGAAAAUUUCGACAGCUGCAAAGUCAAAAUCGAUUAAAACACCCGCAAGGCCGUCACAAAAAUCGAUUUUAGCUGGUGCAGUCCGGAAACGUGUUGCUACUGAUAACACCAAUGACAAGUCUAAAGAAGGGAAUGUGCCCGCAAAAGUUAGCAAAAUGGAAAAUUCCAUCAGCUCAACGGCCGAGACAAAUGGUAAAUCUGAUGAACAUGGAAACACCUCAAGCAAUAGCCUAGAUCUUAGUGUUCAUGAUAAAGGUGCAUUGAAAUGCAUCGGAAUUUUACCGGGAAUCGGAAAGUACAAGGAUUCAAGUGAUUCAGAAAAAAGCACAGAUACGGACGACGACUACGAUUUCAGCGACUUUGAUUGGGUCGGACGAAAGAUGAAGAGGAACGACAAUGGUUGUGAUGACUAGCUAUCAUUGGAUUAGGAUUUAGUCAAAUGUUAAAUAAUUUCAACCAUAAAUAAAUUGUCGUGUUCCGUAAACAGCUCCUGUAUGCUCUCUGUAUUAACAACAAACCUCUACUUUAUUCAGCCAGUACUUGGCGGGGUGGCACAUGUUUAUUGAAUGAAAUGAAAAUAAAUAAUUAUUUCGAAAUUCUAAAAAAA